AUCCACCUGCCUGACUGGUGCUCCUCUCCUCAGUGACAACCAGCUCAGCUUUCAGCAAGGACUGAACUCAACUUCAAGACAACUGAAACAACUUGAUGGAUCCUCAGGUUUAGUCUGAGAUCUGCAAACAACCAUCAAAAACAUGCCAACCCAUCGAAGGGGGCGGAGUCUCUCUGAGGCCUUGACCCUGGAGGAAUCAGAAGGAGGGGGACUGGUCAUUUCCAGCAUUACCAAUGCCUCCCAUAACUUGAAGGAAGGGGAUGAAAUUUUGGGAGCAACAAUAAACUUUGAUCAGCUGUCCAAAGAGGAGGUGAUAAAGGUGCUGAAAGUGAUGGAGCCAUUUGAUGACAAGGUCCAAGUUCUCACCCGAAGUGGCCUAAGCAAGAGUAUGGACAAUUUGGACCAGUGUGCAAGAAACCCAGAGGCAAUGCUGAAGGAUUCCUACAGUAAACUCUACAAUGCCAAAAUAAAGAGGUUUGUGAAGGAUGACUUGUCUGCUGCUAACAAGUCAACAGUUGCCACCUCAUCCAAGGUCAACCUAAAACAUGACAUAGGGCUGCCUCGCCUUGGAGUUGACUUUGGUCUUCUAAAAUCCAAAUCACCGAUGGCAGAUACUAAUGACGGUUCUAAGUCUGAAACAAGACAUCUGAUAGAUGGUAGCAACCUGAACCUUCCACCGCUUGGUGUCAGUUUGAAUGGGCUUACUGCUGGUGACACCAAAGUGCCACAACUAAAACUUGAUGCCAGAAAUCCACAGUCUCAUCUCUCUCGGACAUUACCAGAUGAUUUACAUGCCAUGAAUGCUGCUGCUAAGUGCCUGGCAAAUACUGACAGAACCUCAGAGAACUUGAAAAUGCCAAACCCCGAAAGAGUUCUGGAUACAAGAUUGGCCACAAAAGAUUCAGAUGUAACCCUUCUAGAUCCUUUUAUAAAUAAUCCUAAUACGGAGGUUAAGACACCAGAUGAAAUCUCAGCAGUCCCCAUAGGUAAACUCAGUCUGAAACAUUCCAAAAGACUGAAAACCCCAGAUCUAAAUUUAGAUGACCCAUUUAGUUUCGUGGGUUCAUCAAAACGUAGGCUGUCUGAGACACUACCUCAAAUGGAGCUAGGAAAUAUAGAUGUGGAUGCUCCACCUGGAUCAGUCACAUUGCCCACAAUUGGUUUCUCUGGUGAAAGUCAGGGUGCUGAUAAAACGCUUGACUUCAGUUUAAAAAACACGAAGACAAAAAGUGGCAUGUCUGCACUUGAUGCAAAUUUAUCCAAAGCCGACUUGAAAGGAACAAAUUUGGCCACUGAUACUCCUUUGGAUGAUAUCAAAGGUCCAUCUGGAAAGUACAAGGCUCCUCAGUUUACCAUGCCCAAAUUUGAUUUGCCAGAUAUUCAACUACCAGGCUUCAAUAGACACAUGGAACUCCCAGAUGCUGACUUGCAUGUACCAAAAGUGAACAUUCCAGAGGUUAAGCAGUUUAACUCUGCGGUAAAUGAUCCUGACAUAGAUGUAUCUGCUCCAAAUUUCAAAAGGGGCAUUAACUUCAUGGGAGACUUUAAAACCCCUGAUGUUGGCUAUAAUACCCCAAGCUUAGACAUGAACACUCCAGAUAUUGACAUCAGUUCACCAAAAUCAAAACAAAAGAUGCCUAAAUUCAAAAUGCCUACAUUUAACCUACCAGGUUUCAGAGGACCACAGAUUGAUGCCAGUUUGGAUAAAUCAGACAUGGCCAUUAAUGGACCCAGUAGCCAUAAACUAAAAACUGAUCUAGACAAGGAUGUUUCCGGACCAUCUGGGAAAUUUAAGAAACCGAACCUAAACCUGCCUGACUUGAGUCUUUCAGGUCCAAAGAUAGAUAGUCCUAACCUGGACCUAGGAGCACCUGAUCUAGAUGUCUCUGGUCCUAAUCUCAAAGGUGGAAUAAAUAUGCCUGACUUCAAUAUGCCCAAGGCGGACUUUAAAACCCCCAAACUGGACCUGAGUGGCCCAAAGGCCAACUUAGACAUGCCCUCAGGCAAACUGAAAAUGCCUGAAAUUCAAGAUCCAGACUGGGAUGUUAAUGGUCCUUCAGGAAAACUGAAGAUGCCAAAAAUGAAUCUUUCAGGUACUUUACCAAGAGGACCAAAUUUGGACCUAAAUGCAGAUCUCAAGUCACCAGAUUUGAAUCUCAAAGCUCCAAAGAUCAAAGGUGGGAUGAAUGCUCCUGAUCUGGACUUCCCAGACAUGAACCUUAAAGGUCCUAAGUUAGAUGUUAAUACACCAGAUGUUAACAUUGGAUCACCCAAAGGAAAAUUUAAAAUGCCUAAAAUGAAAAUGCCAAAAUUUGGCCUCCCGAGAAUGAAAGGACCUGAACUCGAUGGUAACCUAAAAGCUCCAGAUAUAGAUGUAAAUGCACCUGAUGUAAACUUCAAAAGGCCUAAAGCUGAUCUAGAUUUGAACAUGCCUGAUUUGUCUGGGAAAUUUAAGAAACCGAACACAAACCUGCCUGACUUGAGUCUUUCAGCUCCAAAGAUAGAUAGUCCUAACUUGGACCUAGGAGCACCUGAUCUAGAUGUCUCUGGUCCUAAUCUCAAAGGUGGAAUAAAUAUGCCUGACUUCAAUAUGCCCAAGGCAGACUUUAAAACCCCCAAACUGGACCUCAGUGGCCCAAAGGCCAACUUAGACAUGCCCUCAGGCAAACUGAAAAUGCCUGAAAUUCAAGGUCCAGACUGGGAUGUUAAUGGUCCUUCAGGAAAACUGAAGAUGCCGAAAAUGAAUCUUUCAGGUACUUCACCAAAAGGACCAAAUUUGGACCUAAAUGCAGAUCUCAAGUCACCAGAUUUGAAUCUCAAAGCUCCAAAGAUCAAAGGUGGGAUGAAUGCUCCUGAUCUGGACUUGCCAGACAUGAACCUUAAAGGUCCUAAGUUAGAUGUUAAUACAUCAGAUGUUAACAUUGGAGCACCUAAAGGAAAAUUUAAAAUGCCUAAAAUGAAAAUGCCAAAAUUCGGCCUCCCGAGUAUGAAAGGACCUAAACUCGAUGGUAACCUAAAAGCUCCAGAUAUAGAUGUAAAUGCACCUGAUGUAAAUUUCAAAGGGCCUAAAGCUGAUCUAGAUUUGAACAUGCCUGAUUUAUCUGGGAAAUUUAAGAAACCGAACCCAAACCUGCCUGACUUGAGUCUUUCAGCUCCAAAGAUAGAUAGUCCUAACUUGGACCUAGGAGCACCUGAUCUAGAUGUCUCUGGUCCUAAUCUCAAAGGUGGAAUAAAUAUGCCUGACUUCAAUAUGCCCAAGGCGGACUUUAAAACCCCCAAACUGGACCUGAGUGGCCCAAAGGCCAACUUAGACAUGCCCUCAGGCAAACUGAAAAUGCCUGAAAUUCAAGGUCCAGACUGGGAUGUUAAUGGUCCUUCAGGAAAACUGAAGAUGCCGAAAAUGAAUCUUUCAGGUACUUCACCAAAAGGACCAAAUUUGGACCUAAAUGCAGAUCUCAAGUCACCAGAUUUGAAUCUCAAAGCCCCAAAGAUCAAAGGUGGGAUGAAUGCUCCUGAUCUGGACUUGCCAGACAUGAACCUUAAAGGUCCUAAGUUAGAUGUUAAUACACCAGAUGUUAACAUUGGAGCACCCAAAGGAAAAUUUAAAAUGCCUAAAAUGAAAAUGCCAAAAUUCGGCCUCCCGAGUAUGAAAGGACCUGAACUCGAUGGUAACCUAAAAGCUCCAGAUAUAGAUGUAAAUGCACCUGAUGUAAACUUCAAAAGGCCUAAAGCUGAUCUAGAUUUGAACAUGCCUGAUUUGUCUGGGAAAUUUAAGAAACCGAACCCAAACCUGCCUGCCUUGAGUCUUUCAGCUCCAAAGAUAGAUAGUCCUAACUUGGACCUAGGAGCACCUGAUCUAGAUGUCUCUGGUCCUAAUCUCAAAGGUGGAAUAAAUAUGCCUGACUUCAAUAUGCCCAAGGCGGACUUUAAAACCCCCAAACUGGACCUGAGUGGCCCAAAGGCCAACUUAGACAUGCCCUCAGGCAAACUGAAAAUGCCUGAAAUUCAAGGUCCAGACUGGGAUGUUAAUGGUCCUUCAGGAAAACUGAAGAUGCCGAAAAUGAAUCUUUCAGGUACUUCACCAAAAGGACCAAAUUUGGACCUAAAUGCAGAUCUCAAGUCACCAGAUUUGAAUCUCAAAGCCCCAAAGAUCAAAGGUGGGAUGAAUGCUCCUGAUCUGGACUUGCCAGACAUGAACCUUAAAGGUCCUAAGUUAGAUGUUAAUACACCAGAUGUUAACAUUGGAGCACCCAAAGGAAAAUUUAAAAUGCCUAAAAUGAAAAUGCCAAAAUUCGGCCUCCCGAGUAUGAAAGGACCUGAACUCGAUGGUAACCUAAAAGCUCCAGAUAUAGAUGUAAAUGCACCUGAUGUAAACUUCAAAAGGCCUAAAGCUGAUCUAGAUUUGAACAUGCCUGAUUUGUCUGGGAAAUUUAAGAAACCGAACCCAAACCUGCCUGCCUUGAGUCUUUCAGCUCCAAAGAUAGAUAGUCCUAACUUGGACCUAGGAGCACCUGAUCUAGAUGUCUCUGGUCCUAAUCUCAAAGGUGGAAUAAAUAUGCCUGACUUCAAUAUGCCCAAGGCGGACUUUAAAACCCCCAAACUGGACCUGAGUGGCCCAAAGGCCAACUUAGACAUGCCCUCAGGCAAACUGAAAAUGCCUGAAAUUCAAGGUCCAGACUGGGAUGUUAAUGGUCCUUCAGGAAAACUGAAGAUGUCGAAAAUGAAUCUUUCAGGUACUUCACCAAAAGGACCAAACUUGGACCUAAAUGCAGAUCUCAAGUCACCAGAUUUGAAUCUCAAAGCCCCAAAGAUCAAAGGUGGGAUGAAUGCUCCUGAUCUGGACUUGCCAGACAUGAACCUUAAAGGUCCUAAGUUAGAUGUUAAUACACCAGAUGUUAACAUUGGAGCACCUAAAGGAAAAUUUAAAAUGCCUAAAAUGAAAAUGCCAAAAUUCGGCCUCCCGAGUAUGAAAGGACCUAAACUCGAUGGUAACCUAAAAGCUCCAGAUAUAGAUGUAAAUGCACCUGAUGUAAAUUUCAAAGGGCCUAAAGCUGAUCUAGAUUUGAACAUGCCUGAUUUGUCUGGGAAAUUUAAGAAACCGAACCCAAACCUGCCUGCCUUGAGUCUUUCAGCUCCAAAGAUAGAUAGUCCUAACUUGGACCUAGGAGCACCUGAUCUAGAUGUCUCUGGUCCUAAUCUCAAAGGUGGAAUAAAUAUGCCUAACAUUAAUAUGCCCAAGGCGGACUUUAAAACCCCCAAACUGGACCUGAGUGGCCCAAAGGCCAACUUAGACAUGCCCUCAGGCAAACUGAAAAUGCCUGAAAUUCAAGGUCCAGACUGGGAUGUUAAUGGUCCUUCAGGAAAACUGAAGAUGCCGAAAAUGAAUCUUUCAGGUACUUUACCAAAAGGACCAAAUUUGGACCUAAAUGCAGAUCUCAAGUCACCAGAUUUGAAUCUCAAAGCUCCAAAGAUCAAAGGUGGGAUGAAUGCUCCUGAUCUGGACUUGCCAGACAUGAACCUUAAAUGUCCUAAGUUAGAUGUUAAUACACCAGAUGUUAACAUUGGAUCACCUAAAGGAAAAUUUAAAAUGCCUAAAAUGAAAAUGCCAAAAUUUGGCCUCCCGAGAAUGAAAGGACCUGAACUCGAUGGUAACCUAAAAGCUCCAGAUAUAGAUGUAAAUGCACCUGAUGUAAACUUCAAAAGGCCUAAAGCUGAUCUAGAUUUGAACAUGCCUGAUUUGUCUGGGAAAUUUAAGAAACCGAACCUAAACCUGCCUGACUUGAGUCUUUCAGGUCCAAAGAUAGAUAGUCCUAACCUGGACCUAGGAGCACCUGAUCUAGAUGUUUCUGGUCCUAAUCUCAGAGGUGGAAUAAAUAUGCCUAACAUUAAUAUGCCCAAGGCGGACUUUAAAACCCCCAAACUGGACCUGAGUGGCCCAAAGGCCAACUUAGACAUGCCCUCAGGCAAACUGAAAAUGCCUGAAAUUCAAGGUCCAGACUGGGAUUUUAAUGGUCCUUCAGGAAAACUGAAGAUGUCGAAAAUGAAUCUUUCAGGUACUUUACCAAAAGGACCAAAUAUGGACCUAAAUGCAGAUCUCAAGUCACCAGAUUUGAAUCUCAAAGCUCCAAAGAUCAAAGGUGGGAUGAAUGCUCCUGAUCUGGACUUGCCAGACAUGAACCUUAAAGGUCCUAAGUUAGAUGUUAAUACACCAGAUGUUAACAUUGGAUCACCUAAAGGAAAAUUUAAAAUCCCUAAAAUGAAAAUGCCAAAAUUUGGCUUCCCGAGAAUGAAAGGACCUGAACUCGAUGGUAACCUAAAAGCUCCAGAUAUAGAUGUAAAUGCACCUGAUGUAAACUUCAAAGGGCCUAAAGCUGAUCUAGAUUUGAACAUGCCUGAUUUGUCUGGGAAAUUUAAGAAACCGAACCUAAACCUGCCUGACUUGAGUCUUUCAGGUCCAAAGAUAGAUAGUCCUAACCUGGACCUAGGAGCACCUGAUCUAGAUGUCUCUGGUCCUAAUCUCAGAGGUGGAAUAAAUAUGCCUAACAUUAAUAUGCCCAAGGCGGACUUUAAAACCCCCAAACUGGACCUCAGUGGCCCAAAGGCCAACUUAGAUAUGCCCUCAGGCAAACUGAAAAUGCCUGUAAUUCAAGGUCCAGACUGGGAUGUUAAUGGUCCUUCAGGAAAACUGAAGAUGCCAAAAAUGAAUCUUUCAGGUACUUUACCAAAAGGACCAAAUUUGGACCUAAAUGCAGAUCUCAAGUCACCAGAUUUGAAUCUCAAAGCUCCAAAGAUCAAAGGUGGGAUGAAUGCUCCUGAUCUGGACUUCCCAGACAUGAACCUUAAAGGUCCUAAGUUAGAUGUUAAUACACCAGAUGUUAACAUUGGAUCACCCAAUGGAAAAUUUAAAAUGCCUAAAAUGAAAAUGCCAAAAUUCGGCCUCCCAAGUAUGAAAGGACCUGAACUCGAUGGUAACCUAAAAGCUCCAGAUAUAGAUGUAAAUGCACCUGAUGUAAACUUCAAAAGGCCUAAAGCUGAUCUAGAUUUGAACAUGCCUGAUUUGUCUGGGAAAUUUAAGAAACCGAACCUAAACCUGCCUGACUUGAGUCUUUCAGCUCCAAAGAUAGAUAGUCCUAACCUGGACCUAGGAGCACCUGAUCUAGAUGUCUCUGGUCCUAAUCUCAAAGGUGGAAUAAAUAUGCCUGACUUCAAUAUGCCCAAGGCGGACUUUAAAACCCCCAAACUGGACCUGAGUGGCCCAAAGGCCAACUUAGACAUGCCCUCAGGCAAACUGAAAAUGCCUGAAAUUCAAGAUCCAGACUGGGAUGUUAAUGGUCCUUCAGGAAAACUGAAGAUGCCGAAAAUGAAUCUUUCAGGUACUUCACCAAAAGGACCAAAUUUGGACCUCAAUGCAGAUCUCAAGUCACCAGGUUUGGGUGUCAAAGCUCCAAAGAUCAAAGGUGGGACAAAUCGCUUUGAAGUUCCUAAUGUAGAUUUUGGGAGCCCAUCAGGAAAACUUAAAAGGCCAAAUGUGAAAAUGCCCAAUCUGGGAUUUUCAAGUCCAAAGAUAGAUGGCUCAGAUCUUGAUGAUGCAAAAAUAAAAGGCAGACUUGAGUCUCCCAACCUGAGUUUACCAAAAAAAGACUUCAAAAGCUCCAAACCUGACCUAGAUGCUCCAGAUGUAGAUUUUGUCUAA